AUGGCUUUCAAGCGUUACGUUCAGGUCGGAAGAGUGGUUCUCAUCAACCAGGGUCCCAACGAGGGCAAAUUGGCUGUCAUCGUUGAGAUCAUCGACCACAACAGAGUGAGUGGCACAAUGCUUGGAAGGCGGACAGGGGCGGACGCAAGAGGCGCAUUGGCCGAAUCCGUCAAGGAACUGCAUGUUGCAGGUGAAGCUGGCUGGACAGUCAAAAGUAUGCAGUGAAGUAUGCAGUGAGACGAUGCGUGGUCAGGAAGCACAGGAGCUAGGUGUGAAGAAAAGUGCACGGCUUUUCGAGCUGGCUGGCGCGGCACCUGUCAGCGUCAGCAUCGAGAGUCACAAGCGCCUUUUGCCGGACAACGCUGCGUUUGGGAGUCGUGCAAUCUUUCAAGCUCAGCCUGACUGUACUCACUCUUCUCAACCAGGCCCUCGUGGAUGGCCCCUCCACCGGUGUGGACAGGCAACCCUUGGCAUACCGUAGCAUCUCUUUGACUCCCUACGUCAUCAAGGCCGUCGCGCGAGGAAUGGGCUCCGGUGCAAUCGCCAAGAAGUGGCAAGCUUCGGGCGUCGAUGAGAAAUUCGCUCAAAGCGCUUGGGCAAAGAAGAGAGCCGCUCGUCAAGCCAAGGCCAACACCACGGACUUUGACAGAUUCCAGAUCAUGCUUCUCAAGAAGCAGAGACGCUCUCUCGUUUCUCGUCAGGCUGCGUGAGUGCUUGCCCUGUCGCACUAGUUUCGGCUACUACUUUCGUUCUGAGUCUCAGCUAAGCACCCACCCUCUUUCUCCCUUGGCAUUCCCGCUCAACAGAAAGAUCAAGGCCUGA